AUGAUAACUGAAGAAUAUGAAGAUAGAAUUCAAGUAACCUCUAGUUGCUGGUUAAGCAAAUAUAAAGGCAAUAAUAAUAACAUAAAGAGUAAGAAUAUAAAUAAGGGUAAUAAUUUGGUUAUUCCCAAUUUUAAUGUUUGCUUGGAAUCGCUAGCUUUACCAAUAAUAAAAUCAAGAAAUGAUUUGGAAUGCAUAAAUGAAAAUAAACAAUUAAAUAGAUUAAGAAGAGAACGAAAAAAAAAAAAAAUCGAUGAUACAAAUAUAAUAAAUGAUGAUGAAGUUUGUUCUAUUUUAUUAAGAAGUAAAGCACUUAAUGAAACAUGGAAUAAUAUGAAUAAAUAUUUGAACUGUUAUAUAUAUAAUUAUGUAAAUAAUAUAAUAGAUAAAGAAAUAAUUUUUUUGAACAAACAUUUAUGUCUAAAAAAUGACAAGGUAUCUUUAUUAAUUAUAAAAACACAAACAUGCCCAUUUGUAAAUUUAAUGCAAUAUAGAAUAUUAGUAGAACAUUUGAAAAAAAUCAACAGCCCUGACGAAGACAAAGAAAAAGAUGAUACAAUAUAUAUAAGGAAUGAGCAUACAAAAUCUGAUAAAGAAAAUAAUAUUAAUUAUGAUAAUAACAAUGGAAGUAGCUAUCCUUAUAGUAACAAUGAUAAAAUGGUAACACCAGUUUAUACAAUUUUAACUAAAAAAAAAAAUAUUAUGGCAUGCAUAAUAAAUGUGUAUCAUAAUGAUACAGUGGAAAAUAUAAUUAUUCGAAUUGUAAAAAGAAUAAAUAGUAUCAUUAAUAAUAAGCGAAUACAAAUAGAUAAAAAUAAUGUUGAUGAAUUAUUUCAUAAAGUAAUUAAAAAACAACAAAAAAAUGGGGUUCUAGUUAUAUUUAUUAAGAAUUAUUUAAAAUUAAAAUCGUCUACAUUUAGUGCAUUUUUAUUAUAUUUAACUCAUUUAAAAGAAAUUAAUAAUAUAAAUAUAAGUGUGAUUAUAACAAAUUGUUGUAUAUUAUCAGGUUUAAGCAAUUUAGAUAAUAUCAUAACAAAACAUUUGCAUGUUAAUAUUUAUAAUAUGUAUAUAAAUUAUUAUAAUUUAAUGGAAAAUAUUAUGUUCAAUCCAAUUUUUAAUAAUAUACUUUUUAAAUUAAAAGAUUAUAACACAUUAAUUGAUUAUAUAUUUUUUUGUAAUCAUAGUAUUAGCUUUUUAAAAUUAAAAUAUAUUAUUUAUAUGUAUAUACGAGAUUUUUUUGAUAAAAAACUUUUAUCUUUUCUAAACAUACCAUUGGAAUAUUUUAAUAAAAAAGACAUUACUGAAGAAAAUAAUGAGGGGUGUGUCAAAAAAAGGGGUAGCGAACGUCAUAACAAUAAAAAUGAAAAACAGUUGGAAUACACCAAAAAAACAUUUUCUAUUUAUAAAGGUGAACUAAUUAAAUCUUUAAAUUGCAUUGAUGUAAAGAAUAUACAUAUAAAAUAUGCACUUUUAUUACAUGCAAGUAAUUUUUAUAAAAUUCAUAUUAACUACUUUAAAAAUCUGGGAAGAUCAAACAUGUUAUAUAUUAUUGAUAUGGAAAAAAAAAAAAAAAUUACAGAUCAAGCAAAAAUGAUAAUGCUGAAUAACAAAUCUGUUCCCAUAUCCAAACAUUUUCAUGGAAAAAACGAUGCAAAUAAAGAAACGUCUCAAAAUAACAGACAUAAUAAUGACUUCUUACAAGAUAACAUAAAUGCUUUCAAAAAGGGAAACAAAGAAAAUAGCACAGUGAAUAAAUAUGAUAUGAACUUUCAAAAUAGCUUAGAAAAUGAAAAAAAAUCAUCAAACGAACAUAAUAAUAUUAAAAAGUGUAAUAAUAAACGAAUAGAAAGAAAUGGAAUAUUUAAAUAUGAAGAUGAUACUAAUUUGAUAAAUGGUCAUAUGAACAAAAAAGCAAAAAUUAAACAUGAAUCUUUUCAUAUAUGUAUAGAAAAUUUUAGCUUUAUAUAUAAUGAAAAAGAAAAUAACGAAGUAAAAAAUAUGAAAAAUGUUAUUGUUCAAAAAUUAGAGGGUAAUGAAACUACCGAAUUUGUAAAAGAAAUUAAUAAAAUAGAUAAAUAUAAUACCAGUGGUAAUAUAAAUGAAAUAGACAAUUCAGAUAAUAAUGAAAUAACUUUUUUUUCCAAUAAAAAUGAAUUAAAUAAAGGAAAAAAUAUAACAUAUUCAUUUUUAUUAAACAGAGAUCUUAUUAAACAUAAAUUAAAAAAUAAUGGAAAUUUUCAAAGUUAUUAUUAUCAAAAUUAUAGUAUACAUAAUUUGUCUGAAAAUUUAUCACCAAUCAACAGAAAUCAAAAUAAUGAUUUUAUGAACAAUUGUGAUUAUAUAAAACAGUAUGUUAUAAAUAAUUUAUUUAGUCAUAUGAAAUCUGAACAUAAUAUUGAUGGAUUCCAAAUGUUACAAAAAGAAUGGGAAAACAAUGAAUAUUUAAAAAUAUAUAAAUAUGAAGAAAAUGUUUUUUCAAAAAAAGAGACAUAUAAUACUGAUGUUAAUGAUAAAAUAAGUAAAAAUAAAAAUAUUAAAAAGAGUAAUAAUGAUGGGGGAAAAUAUAUUUACACUAAGGAAGAUAAUGAAAAUACAAAAAAAAUGGAACUAUUAUAUUUAAAUAAAUGUCUAGUUAAAUCGAUAUGUAUAAGAAUGAUUGAACUUGUUUAUAAAAAAACUAAAUAUAACAUAUGUUUAUCUAUAAUUAAUAUUAUUUUAAAAAAUAUUCCAAUAUAUACAUCAUUAAGAAAAAGAGUAAAAUUUAUAAAAGACUCAUUUAAAAAAUUUGAAAAAAAAUAUAUUAUACAAAAUUUAGAAAAUUUAAAAACAGCAAGUGAUGAAAUAGACAAAGAACUAAAACAAAUCUUAAACACAAUUUGUGAUUUAUUUAUAAAUCUUUAUGUUACUAAAAAAAAUAUACUAAAAAAAAUUAUUAAUGAUAUUUUUUCCUUUUUAAAAGAUACUUCUUACGUUUUUAGGUUGGAAGAAUAUAUAAACAGCUAUAGAGAAAACAAAACAAAUUCAUCUCCCUCUUUAAGUAUGUCAUUUUUUUUGAAUAAAAUAAAUUUUUUGAUUAUUUUUUUAAAUGUAUCAAUUUUUGUGAAAAAAAAAAAUGAAUACAACAAUAAGUUUACCCCAAGUGAAACUGAUUAUAAUAAUCAAAGUGAAAUGAAUAGAACACCAAAAAAAGAAAUAUUCGAAGAAAUAAUUAAUAACCAUAUAAAUUGGCAUCAAACUUCAGUUGGUGGUACGAAUAAAAAAAUACCGCAUACUGAUUUAUCUCCAAUUAAUAUAAAUAUAGAUUAUGAAAAUACAGCUGAGAUUAGCAAAAAUAAAGAUACGAAUAAUAAUAAUUCCAAAAAUAAUGAUAACAAUUUUGAUGACAUGGAUAAUAAUGAAAAAUUGAAUAUAGUAAUAGAAAACUAUUUGAGUAAUAUGAGCAAUGAAGAUAUAGAUACAAUAUGUAUUGAAUUCAUUUUGAUACUUUUCUGCGAAUAUUUAUACUUUCUUUUAAUACCAUGUGUAUAUUUACUUCCAUUGGCAAAUUUAUGUAUAACACAUGAACAUUCAGUCGAAUUUUAUGAUAUAUUUAAACCUAAUUUGCAAAUGAAAUUAUUAAAUGUCCUAUAUUAUAACAAACUAGAAUUAAAAGAUAUAAACUCAGUUAAUUUUGAUUUUUCUUUGAAUUAUAAACCAGUUGAAUUAUUAAAAAAUGUGAGAAACUGGAAUCAAGAAAUGAAUAAACAAUCGCCUAUAUUGGAUAACUGCCGAAGAAGAAGGAAUGAUUUGGAAAUUCAAGACAAUAAGAUAAUUUCCAAAAAGGAUCAGGAAAAUCGUAAAUUAGAUGAUAUGAAUGAUGAAAUAAAAUAUUUUUCUUUUGAGCAUAUUGGAAAAAUUUGUGAAAUUGAAGACCUUGUGAUUAUAUUUAAAAUAAUUCAAGGAAUGAAUAUGAAAUAUAUGAACAUUUUCAAUAUGUUUGUUGAAUAUAUUAAUGUAAAGUUAUAUAUAGAUACACAUGAAAAUAGCGAAAAUAAUAUUAACAAUAUAGGUCGUGAUACUCGUUCUGGAAUAAAUAAAAAUAAUAAUGGAAGUAAACUAUCUUCAUAUUGUUAUAGUAAAACAUUUCAAGAAUUAUUUUAUAAAUUUAUGAUAGGAAUUAUGUCUCUUUUUUAUUUUUUGAAAAUAAUUCAUAUUCCAUCAAUUUUUUUACGAGGCGACAAUGAAACGAAUUUCGAUUCAACGUCAUUCAUUAGUUAUGAUAAUCAAACUAAUCAGAAUAGUCAAAAUGGUCAAAAUAGUCAAAAUAGUCAGAAUAUUUAUGAUGGUCAUAAUAACCAAUAUAGUACCAAAAAUGGGUUUGCAGUAAAAGAACAUAUAUCUAAAAAUACACAAUUUAAUGAACAAGAUCAGCAAGAAAUUGGAGAUGAUCAAAAUAUAUUAUCAAAUGAUAAAAAUGGACAAUUUUCGGCUUUAAUUGAAACAGAUAAUGAUGCAGAUUAUAGGUAUAAAAAUUAUGUUUUCAAUAUGCUUAGUAACAUUAAUUUGAGAAAGCUUGUCUAUGGACAUAGUUACUAUAUUAAUUGA